UUCCGUCUAAACACGAAUACAUAAUAAAUCCAUUUUCUCUUUCUGUCUUCUUCUGCUUCUCUUCAAUCUCUCUCUCUCUCUCUCUCUGUUUCUUUCUUUUCCUUCUUCCAUGGCAUUUCUCAAAUUCUAAGCACCUUAUCCUCUUUCUCUUCCCUGCUCCCCAUGCUCGCCACUCUAUUACCCCCAGAAUUCCCAACCCAUUUCUCAACCACCUCUCAUGGUGAGGGACCAACAUGAUCCGCGUUUUGGUUUUGGUACCCGCCGAGGCCUAGUUGUCGGUAACUACUGCCACGACGUUCUUUUCCGCGACGACGUCGUUCUAGCCGAGUCGCUUGGCGGCGCCGCCUCUUUCAUCUCCGCCGUGCUCGACGGCCUUUCUGUGCCAUAUGAUUUGGUGGCGAAGGUUGGGCCGGACUUUGCCUAUUCGACGACCCGAGAACCCAUUGUGAUACCCACUUCGCGGACGACUCUGUUCCGAGCCCAUUUCGAUUCGGAGGUCGAUGGGGAUGGACACGGUGACCGGAUUCUGAAACGGGUCCGAUUCUGCGACCCCAUCAGGCCGUCGGAUCUUCCGGAAUCGAAUUCCGGAUUCGAUUUCGGAAUGGCGGUCGGGGUUGGAGGAGAGAUUCUGCCGGAAACGCUCGAGAAGAUGGUUGAGAUAUGCGACGAGGUCUUUGUGGAUAUUCAGGCUCUGAUUCGAGCUUUCGAUGGCGUCGAUGGGACAAUGAAGCUUGUGGGUUUAAAAGAAAGUGGGUUUUUCCACCUGUUGCCGCGAAUCCGGUUUCUGAAGGCGUCUAUGGAGGAGGUCCUGUUUAUGGACAUUGAGGAGGUGAGGAAGGAGUGCUGUGUUAUUGUGACGAAUGGGAAGCACGGUUGCAAUGUGUUCUGGAACGAUGGGGAUUUGCAAAUUGGGCCUUUUCCCACCAAUCAGGUUGAUCCAACUGGUGCAGGAGAUAGUUUUCUUGGUGGGUUCGCUGCCGGUGUUGUUCAAGGAUUGUCAGUGCCUGAUUCAGCGUUGUUGGGCAACUUUUUUGGUUCUCUGACUGUUGGCCAAAUUGGACUUCCUAAGUUCGAAUUGAGGCUCUUGCAGAGGGUGAAAGACGAGGUACGGAGGAGGAAGAUGCAGUGUAUAAGCUGCCAUGAAAGAAAAGAUGAUGAGAUGAUGAAGUUUGUCAAGGUAGCAGGUUAUGACCAGUUUCAUGCAUCCCUUGUAGCAGCAAAACAAAUAUCCACAUGCCCUGUCCAGGAAUGUCAAAGAGAAAUGCCUACAUCACCCAGAGCAGUGGAACAGGGUAUACUCCCACAGUGCACAGGGCAGUCUAAAUUACUAAUCAAUUAUGUGUAUGAGGAACCAAUUCAAACAGUUGAUAGUAAACCAUGAAGGUUUGCAACAAAAUACCACUUUUUUUUCUUUCUCUGUAUCAAAUAAAUGUCUCAAAUGGAGAAUUAGAAAUCUCCUUGCUUUUACAGUUAUUUGUAGUCUGUUUCAUUCUGAGAUAACUCAAUGGGAAAUUAGUGUAGUAAAUGCAAGCUUUCAAAAUAAGCAAGGAAACUCAAAGGUUGGUAA